UUCAAAAAAAUAGGAAACGUGUUUUAUCACAUCAUUUGCAUUUAUGUUUUAAUUAGUAUAAGCUAGAACUAUGACUUCAUUCAAGUUGAUUAUAUUUAGUAUUAGUACUGUUUUAGCCAUAACUUAUGUAGUUGCUGAUGAAUCUUGCCAAACUUUUGCAGGAGGAAGUGUUUAUCCAGCGUCUGAAAAACAAGCUGUCCACAAUUUACAAUACUCAAAAGCAGUUAUCUCAAAACCUGCUCCUUAUUGGGAAGCUACAGCAGUUAAAAAUGGAGAAAUUGUUCAAUUGAAAUCUACAGAUUUCUUAGGGAAAUACUUGGUGUUCUUUUUCUAUCCCCUUGACUUCACAUUUGUCUGCCCAACCGAAAUAUUAGCCUUCAGUGAUAGAAUCAAAGAAUUUAGAAAGAUCAACACAGAAGUUGUGGCUUGUUCAGUAGACUCACAUUUUACACACCUGGCAUGGAUAAACACCCCAAGAAAGGAAGGUGGAUUAGGAAAUGUGAAUUUCCCAAUUCUUUCAGACUUAACUCAUAACAUAGCAAAGGAUUAUGGAGUGUAUUUGGAUGAUUUGGGACAUACCCUUAGGGGCUUAUUCAUCAUUGAUACCAAGGGAGUGGUUCGUCAAAUCACAAUGAAUGAUCUACCAGUAGGAAGAAGUGUUGAUGAGACAAUUAGAUUGGUUCAAGCUUUCCAAUUUACAGAUCAAAAUGGUGAAGUAUGUCCAGCUGGAUGGAAACCAGGACAAGAUACAAUCAUCCCCAAUCCAGUUGAGAAAAAGAAAUACUUCGAGAAACACUGAAGAGUGAAUCAAAAUCGUGAUUUUAUCAUUGUAAACUUAAAUAAUUAUGACUGACUGAAAUUUUCUUAAAAAAUGCAUCAUUUUACAUCACAUUUUUACCCUUUGUUACUAACUGUUAAUUCUUGUUUUAUGAUUCAUAUAAAUAUUAUUGGCAUGUUCAUUCCAUUACAUUUUUUUAAAUAAAAAGUUUUGAAAAAUU